AUGCGACGCUCCGGAUUGCAAAGAGAGGUUCUCAAACUAUACCGUCAAUGUCUGCGGGCAGCGGGCAAGAAACCUGAGGCGACGCGGGAGAACUUCAGAACCGUGACACGCCGAGAAUUCCGCAAGAACCAAGCGGUCGACAAGAAAGACUUCGCCGCUGUUGAGGCCCUGCUCCGGAUGGGGUCUCGCAAACUCGAGCUCUAUUCGUCAGAAGGAGUCAAGGACAUCCAUUAA